AUGGAUGUUGAAGUUGUUGAAGUUGAUGGGGGUAAGAGAGAAAACAAUGGGAGAGCAAAUAUUUCAACUAAUACGGGUGAAAAACUGGGAAGAGCUGGAAUCUCUUUUGACAGAGAGGCUCUCAAUCAGGACGAUGAUGAAUAUACAAAACCAUAUGUUGGUAUGGAGUUCGAAUCUGAAGAAGCUGCCAAGACAUUAUACGAUACAUAUGCCAGGCAUGUGGGUUUUAGCACCAAUGUUGGUCAGUACAGCCGUAACAAGCUUGAUGGGCCAAUCAUUACUUGGGAUUUUGCAUGUUCCAGAGAGAUUUUUAAAAGGAAGAAUGUUGAAAGCUGCAAUGCUAUGCUUAGGAUAGAGAGAAAGGAUCAAGACAGUUGGGUUGUGACAAAAUUUGUGGAGGAUCAUAACCAUUCUACAAGUAUUAGCAAGGUUCAUUACCUUUGA